AUGUGCGGUCAAUUGGAAUCAUCCCAGCAGCUUAAGGACUCACCCGAGGUCGAGUCUGGGAUACCAUUGAUUCUCAAGAUUGUUACUACCUGGCCUGCCGCCAACCGACUCCCUGGACUUGAUAUUCUUCGUCUCCUAGCGGCCGCUUCACCGCUCACAGCAGCGGCCGAGUACGCGGACGAGAACGUUGUGUCAGCGGUCAUCUCUAGCGGUGUCUUUGAAUCUCCUCUUAAUGUCAACAACGCCAUGCUUGCCAUGCGGACAUUUGCAAACCUGUUCGAGACCCCUGCUGGCCGCGAACUGGCCAUGAGCUCCUUCGACCAGAUCCUGGCUGGAGUCAAGUCGGCCCUGGUCAACAGCGGAACCUCGCCAAACCGCAACCUCAUCAUCGCCAUCACGACGCUGUACAUCAACUUUGCGGUUUACCUUGUCUCUGAGGGCAGGAAUCAUACCCCAGAAUCGGCUGAACGGGGUCUCAUCCUUCUCGAGGAACUGAACAAGAUCUUUGCCGGAGAGAAGGAUUCAGAAGCGGUCUACCGAGCACUCGUUUCGCUCGGCACACUUGUCGCCGCUCUCGGAGAGGAGGUCAAGACUGCCGCCAAGGAAAUCUACGAGAUUGAAGGUGUGCUCGCCAGACUCUCAGCAUCCGGUCCAGGAAGGGAGCCCCGCAUCAAAGGUAUCAUUGGCGAGAUUCGGGAGACACUCUAA